AUGAAGAGGCAAAAUGUUAUGAUUAUUGUUUUCCAAAUCCUCCUCCUUACACUAACCCAAAUCGCGUCGGCCGAAACCAUAGAACCUCAACUUGAUCUAACAGGAGGACAAUGCAGAGAAAGUGAAAUCAUAAACACCACCAGCACAUACUACACCAACAUCCUCACCGUUUUAUCAAACCUCCAAUCCUCCUCCUCCGCCGAACACUUCCUCAACACCUCGGUCGGUCUCGGCUCUAACCGCGUCAACGGCUACUACGUAUGCCGACCCGACGUCUCUCUCGACACCUGCGAGGCCUGCGUCAACGCCACCAUCAGCACCAUAGACCAAUUCUGCUUCGACAGGAAGGAGGCCACCAUUUGGUACGAUGAAUGUAUGAUUCGAUACACCAACAACUCCGUCUCCGCCACCGAGGGAAACGGGACCGACCCUUGGUAUUUCAACUACAGCACUUUUAACGUCUCCGCCACCGAUGGUUUCCCCGCCCUGGUGAACACCACCAUGCGGGGGUUGAUUUCCGAGGCGGUUUCGCCGGAUAAUGUGCAUAAGUUUUUCGCUCAUGGGAAGGAGAACUUCACUGCUUUCGAAGGGUUUUUCGGGAUGGUGUUGUGUAGGCCUGAUAUGACUGUCGAGGCUUGUGAAAGUUGCUUGUUGACAGCGUUGGGUAGGAUACCUAGUUGUUGUGUCGACAGUUUGUCGACAUGGACUACGAUUAUGUUGCCUUAUUGUCAGUUGAGAUAUGAUACUGCGCAGUUUAUUUUUGAUGAUCAGCCGCCGUUGUCGCCGUCGUCAACACUGGCUACUCCGGCUCCUUCUCCUUAA